AUGCUGUUGCGACUUGUAUUCGUUCUUUUCUAUCUCUUUUGUGAAACGACUGCUAGCAGUUGUCCAUAUGGAAGUGUUGUUGAUUCAAACGCGAGUUGCAUUCAUGUCGAGGCAACAAGGAUGGAUUGGCCUAGUGCAGAAGCGUGGUGUGUUGCUCGUGGAGGACAUCUCGUUUCCAUACAUAACCAAUUUGACAAUACCUUUCUACAAGAGCUUGGCCUUAACGUGUCCAAUUACUGCUCUAACAUCUGGACUGGCGGCUUAACAUAUAACUACAGCGUUUCCUGGAGUGAUGGGACACCUUUUGACUACUCUUUCUGGGCAAACGGUGAACCGAAUGGUAAUAGUUACACGUAUUACAUCUAUUUGGAAAUCAAUACAGGAUUUUGGAGAACCUACGUCAGCAGUUCGACGUAUUGUUUUGCCUGUGAAAUACCUCAGGAGAUGACAGACUGUGCUGACUGGUACAAAGCGGGUUACAAAGACAACGGAGCAUACAAGAUAUCGCUUAAUGGAACUUCGCACGAUGUUUAUUGCAGCAUGGAUAAUGGCGGUGGAUGGACAGUUUUCCAAAAUCGUAUGAUCGGGGACGAAUCAUUUUGGGAUAGAACAUGGGACGACUACAAAGAUGGCUUCAACACAGAGCGGUUGACCGAUAAUUCCAACUUUUGGUUAGGAAGCGAAUUGUUGCAUCAGCUGACAGCUAAAGACAAGGAUGUUACACUCAGAGUCGAAAUGAUGGGAGAUCGAACUCCAGGAUCUUCCAAAGCAUCGUCGUCUUGGUUCAAUGAAUACACCAGAUUCAAGGUAGCAGGAGAAUCGUCCAAGUAUCAACUGACAGACUUGUAUGUCGAUAACAAAGGACAGGGCAACAGUAUGUGGAAUGCUUUGAUGUAUUCUGUCGGCGCAGAAUUCUCUACGAUUGACCGCGUCAAUGAUCCUGAACUGGACUGUGCGUGGAAAUUCAAAAUGGGGGGAUGGUGGUUACGCAAUUGUGCUCUUACGUCACUAAAUGGAGAUUACGAUUUUGCUGAAGCGAACGGAUACGGUAUGUUUUGGACCAUGAGUGGAAUAAAUGAUAUCAUUCAUCCUAUCUCAAGCAGAAUGAUGCUCAGACCAACGUCUUUUUCAACAUGA